AUGGCUCCAAAUCCGAGUUUUGGUAAAGGAUUUAGAAGAUUGACAAAGUUAAAAUCGUUGACUUUCGAACUUUGUUAUUUGAAAUAUCUUAACAAAAGUGUGUUUGAAAACUUUUCUUCGAACAUUAAUGAGUUAAAUCUAACAGGAUGUCGUUUACAUUUAGUUCAUGUAGAAAAUGAUAUUCUUCUUCCCUUUCCAAAGCUGACCAAGUUAAACCUAGAAGCUACGUGUAUGCAUCUAAAGCAGGCAUUAAACAUCUUAUCUCCCUAUGAGGGUAAAAAGUUUACAUUGAUAAAUUUCGGAGGAUUGAGCUGUCCUGUAUUCAGUAAUGAUAUGAAUCCUUUUGCAUUAACAAUCACAAAAGACAUGAUGCAAUAUCUAAGAACUAUUUGUGUCGAAUGGUUAUAUUUAUCCGACAACGGGAUAGUCGAUUUUGAGGAAGAUUCGUUACUGUCUUAUGAUAGACCAGAAUGUUUAGAACAUAUGUACUUCAAAGGAAACCGUUUCGCCUUUUCAAAGGGCAGACAAAUGGACGAAUUACAAAGUUUUAUUCAAAACUCUACAAACUUAAAAACCUUAGACUAUUCAUAUAUUCCAGUUCGAUAUGAGCCGAGCAAUAACGAUCUGGGUAGAAAUAUUGUCCUUGAGAAACAACAAAAAGAAAGCAAUUUGACAUACUUGGAUCUUCCAUUUGGUUUUUCGCUUAUAGCCCUUCUGUUUCAAAAGAACUCAUCUCAGAAAAUCGAAACAUUGCUAAUAGAUGGUCAUCCACAUUCUACGUUUAUAGACCAAGAAGAAUUGAUAAAUAACGGGAAAAUCAAAACUUUAAAAUGGAGAGAUGCUAGUUUGUAUAUUCACAUGAACCCUGAAAAUAAGCAUUAUUCCUCGAUGAUACAGCCAGUAUUCAAGAAGUUAAAAUACUUAGAACACCUAGAUAUGUCAAAAAAUUCCCUGUGGUUUUUACCUGAAAAUUUGUUACAAAGUAUGACAUAUCUUUCAGAAUUACGUUUGUCCAAAAACUUAUUUCAGUUAGUUCCUCGGCAAAUUAUGGAUCUUACAAACAUAAAAUUAUUAGAUUUUCGACAAAAUCUUUUAACAACACUAGACAAAAACACACGAACUUGGGCAGAUGUAAUGAAUCAAAAACAAGGGUUAAAUAUUUUAAUUGUAGAUAAUGCAUUUGAAUGUAAAUGUGACAAUUUGGAUUUUAUUGAAUGGAUAAAUAAAACCAAAGUCAAGCUUGACAGUCACUCGUAUAAAUGUACGCUUGCUAAUGGUUCAUUGAUAAAUGUACAAGAGGCAUACGAGAAGUGGCAUGAUUUGUUUUCCCAUUGUGAAAGUUCAACAUGGCUAACCGUAGCCUCAACUUUGUUGUCCACGUGUUUCGUAACUGCUUUGUUAUUGUUGAUAUUUGGUAAACGAUGGGAAAUUUCUGUAUUCUUUUACCGAAAAUUCCGAAACAUUGUCAAAAAGAAAUAUUGCAAAAGCUUUGAAUAUGACGUUUUUGUUUCGUAUGGAGACGAUAGUGGACAUUGGAUUAAAAACUAUCUAAUUCCAAAAUUAGAACACGAGUGGAAACUCAAACUGUGUUUGAAAGAUCGUGACUUUUUACCCGGGUGUUCUUAUUUUGAUGCAGAAGCAGAAAGUAUAGAAAAAAGCAGACAUGUUAUUUUUUUGCUUACUCCAUCUUUUAAAUUGUCUGAAGAUUACCUUUUUGCAGUUGAAAGAGUAAAACACGAGAAAAGGAUACGCAAUAUAGAAAACAUUAUCGUUUUAGCAAAGGACAUUGCAUUGAAAGACAUCCCAACAGAACUAACUUAUAUUUGGAACUAUGUAUCAUUCAUUCAGUGGCCAGAUGACACCGAUGAUAUCGAUAUAAUGUGGCAGCAGUUGAGGCUGUGGAUUUGUCAUGAUUUGAUCUAAAAUACCCUUCCUAUUUAUCAAAUGCGGGUUUCACACAGUGCCGUAUGAAGUCAGACAGCACUAAGACACGAAAAGUAUAAAAGUUUACUAUCCUCAAUGAUCUGGAAUGUCCUUGUAUUGCCUGAACGCUGUAGCAUACGUUCGUAACAGAUUUCUAAUGAUCGGAGAGGUCGGCUCCGACAGUCAGGUGCGUCCCGUAACAUUCAGAAAAUUUCAUCCGAUUUUGUCUAGUCGGAUUACAAUCGUGAUUAUGUCGCGACAGAUUCUGCUGUAUCGGAUCAAGAUUGUAACAAUGUUCUGUGCUUUCUGGACGCUGUCCUGUGGAACGGGCAUGAUUUGGAAAGAUUUGUCAUAUCUGUUAUUUGCCGAUUGAGUCCAGAUUGCAUCCUGAAUGCGAACCUUCUUUGACGAAACCGUUCCGGUACAGCCCUAUUAUUAAUACGAAAUUCGUCAAUAAUAACCUCGUCUGAGUAUUGACAAUUACAAAACUCAAUACGACUGAGUCCAGUAUAAGCCGUUUGCAAUGCUGUACAACAGACUGCGAUAGGAUUGCGUUCCAACAAAUCAUCCCAAAUAUGGCGACAGUUUUCCAACGACUUUCUUCCGUCAGCGAUGGUUCACUAUCUGGUCCUGUCUGAUGUCUGAAGGAUCAAAUUCGGCAGAAUCUGAAUGCUGUCGCGUCAAUUCUGUCGUUUUUAAACAUAGGAAAGAUGCAAAUUUGUAUAUAGUCGGAUUGAAAACCGGAUAAUUGGGACAAGUUUGGAUGAAAAAGGCUGAACUCUAACGCUUGCUGGUUUUUUUUUACAAGUUUUGAUAAAAGUUUGAAUUUACAGCCACGAUUUACAAGAUCUUGAUUAGACUUAUAACAUAUUUUAUCGGGAAUGCUUUUAACAAGGACAGCAGUAAAAAUCGUGUAUGUGUGACCCCAGCUUGAUUUAUAAAAACAUAGGAAAUAUUGUAUCAAUAUAAGUUUAUUGUCAAAAUAUUGUAAUAAAUAGUUAUGGCCUAUACUGAAUAAAGUAACAUGAUUAUUGAUCAAACUUAGAAUUGUACGACAAAUCAUCUUGAAUUUUGCGAUAUUGUUCGAUUAAAUUGUCCAUUAUAUAUUGGAUUUACUGUUGGGUAAUAUAAUUUGUUUUGUGUAUGACAUGUUUAUUUUUAAUCAAUGAAGUCAUAUUAUUUCAUAUUCAUUACAUAAUAUUAUUUGAAUUAUGCAUGAAAGUUUAGCGGUCAAUUUGGGAGUUUGUAAAGCUUUAAUUUGACAAAUAAGUGGGAUUUGGAUGGCUUAUUCGUCAAUGCUUUGUAACAGUAUUUUCUAUUUGUUCCUGAUUGAAUCAUUCGAAAUAAAAAUAAUGUAGCUACUAGUA